CGUGGGAGCACGGCCGGGAUCGGGAGCGGGGCUCGGCGCCGCCCGGGACCGGCAUCGCGGCGGGGCUGAGCAGGGGCGAAACUAUCGCCUCUCCCCGCCCAGGAUGAAUCCGGAACCCCCCGCACACCCUCCUUCUCGGGCCAGGGGUCCCCCACCCGUGAUCACCCCCCAACUCGAGGAUUCCCACCCGUGAUCACCCCCCAACCCGAGGAUUCCCACCCACGGCCACACCCCGAGCCCCGGGGAUGCUCCGUUGCCCAGUGGGUGUGCUGCGCCUGUUGGGGGUGUUGGGGUUGGGGAUCCCGGUACUGCCAACCCCUCCAGUCGCGGGGACCCAGGUGUGCAGGGCUGGGGAGUCAGCCAGCAUGGAUUGUGCCUGUUGUCUUCAUGGGCCAGUGCCAUUCCGUCAUCUCCCAUUGGCCUUUCCAGGACCUUUUGGCCUCUGGGACAGCCCCUAUGGAGCGGGGCUGCACCAGCCCUCCAAGCAGGACCUGUGGCUUGGGGAUGGAGUGGGACACAUCUCCUGGCAUGCAGGAGAGGGCGGCUGGGAGGGGAGAGCAUCCCCAAAGUCACCGACUGGCCUGUGGAGCAGUCAGGAAGCAGCACCUUAAGGUCCCCAGAGCUGCGUCCUCCAACUGUCAUGGUGGCAAGCUGCCAGCCUGGCUGAUCCCUGAUGCUGCUGUUUCCUGGUCUGUCAGGGGACUCACACGUCCUCGCUGAAGCUGCUCUGGACUUCCUGUUGCAGCCCCUGCAGCCUGUCUGGGCUUUCCCUGGGGCGUCAGUGGGAUCCUGGGAGGAGGGAGAUUCUGCAUGCCCCCUUGGUGGGUUCCCAGCACACCAGGGAGAAGAUCAGGUAGAUAUUGGAUAAGGUGGAGGAGAAGCAGCAAGGAAACCUUCAUCGGGGCCAGAGUAGACUGGUUUGGGCUUUAACUGGGAGAUGCUGCCCUGGGAGUGGUGUGAUUUCUUUCCCACCUUGCACACAGGCACAGGUCCCUGUCCUGUGCCACCACCCUGGAGGAAGAUGUGCUCCAUGCUGAGGCCCACACUGGCUGAGGUGUGAGGGACACCUGGAAUGUGCCCAGUGGCUCUUCUACCCUGUCCCCAGAACCUGAUACCUCCCUGCCAAGGGGAUGCUCACCCCUUCCUGCCCCUCUGCCAGGUCUCCAGGCAGGGUCUCGCUGCUGAGGACCUCUCACUCUGCCGAAGGCAGGGCCCACUGCCUCCACGAUGGCGAGAUGGCUGCCCCGCUCCACCGACCUGACCCGCUUCUGCCAGAAACUCAACCGAGUGAAGACCCUGGAGGAUGACAUGAUGGAGACAUCCUUCAACAGAUGCCUUUCCACCAUCGACUUGACGCUGCUGGGCAUUGGGGGCAUGGUGGGCUCCGGGCUGUAUGUCCUCACAGGCACUGUGGCCAAGGAGAUCGCUGGCCCCGCUGUCAUUGUCUCUUUCAUCAUCGCCGGCUUUGCCUCACUCCUGGCUGCUCUCUGCUACGCUGAGUUUGGAGCCCGUGUGCCCAAGACAGGCUCUGCCUACAUGUUCACCUACGUGUCCGUGGGUGAGAUCUGGGCCUUCCUCAUCGGCUGGAAUGUGCUGCUGGAGUAUAUGAUCGGGGGGGCCGCGGUGGCCAGGGCCUGGAGUGGCUAUCUGGACUCGAUCUUCAACCACAAGAUCAAGAACUUCACCGAGACCCAUGUGGGUGCCUGGGAGGUGCCAUUCCUGGCCCACUACCCAGACUUCCUGGCAGCCGCCAUCCUGCUGGUAGCCACUGCCUUCAUCUCCUUUGGGGCCAAAGUAUCCUCCUGGCUCAACCAUGUCUUCUCGGCUAUCAGCAUGGGCGUCAUCCUCUUCAUCCUCAUCAUGGGCUUUGUCCUUGCACAGCCCAAGAACUGGAGCACCCAGGAGGGCGGCUUCGCCCCAUAUGGGCUGUCAGGUAUCAUGGCUGGCACAGCCACCUGCUUCUAUGCCUUUGUGGGCUUCGACGUCAUCGCAGCCUCCAGCGAAGAGGCCAGGAACCCACAGAGGGCUGUCCCCAGGGCCAUCGCUUUCUCCUUGGGACUGGCCACCGGCGCCUACAUCCUGGUGUCAGUUGUGCUGACACUGAUGGUGCCCUGGCACUCGCUGGACCCUGACUCUGCCCUGGCUGAUGCAUUCUACAGGAGGGGCUAUGCCUGGGCAGGGUUUCUGGUGGCCGCUGGCUCCAUCUGUGCAAUGAACACGGUUCUGUUGAGCAACCUCUUCUCCCUGCCACGCAUCGUCUAUGCCAUGGCUGAGGACGGGCUCUUCUUUCAGAUCUUCUCCCGAGUGCACCCCCGCACACAGGUGCCCGUUGUUGGCAUUGUGGUCUUCGGGCUGCUCAUGGCUCUUCUGGCCCUUGUCUUCGACCUGGAGGCCCUGGUGCAGUUCCUGUCCAUUGGCACGCUGCUGGCCUACACCUUUGUGGCUGCAAGCAUCAUCGUCCUGCGCUUCCAGCAGCAGAAGGUGGAUGUCCCUGCACCGGCAGCUGGUGGCCGGCCCAACCCCGAGCCCCACGAGGGUCCAUCCAGUGGUGAGCUGAAGGAGUACGAGUCCUUCUCCGACAAGCUGCAGCUGGUGGACAGGGACAAGAACAAACAGCAGCGGGAGCCAGGGCAGCUGAAGGCAGCGUUUGAGCCCUACCUGGAGUUCCUCAGCGACUUCUACCCAGGUGAGGUGGUCACAGUGGCCGUGGUGACCCUGAUGGUGUCUGCCAUCUGCCUCUGCUCCAUCUUGGUCUUUGGCCACACCCACCUCCACCUGCCCACCUGGAGCUACUCCCUGCUGCUGGUCCUCUUCAGCCUGGGCUUCCUGCUCAGCCUCCUCCUCAUCUGGGCACACGAGCAGCAGCACAGCACCCAGACCUUCCAGAUCCCCCUGGUGCCCCUCUCCCCGGCACUGAGCAUCAUUCUCAACAUCUACCUGAUGCUGAAGCUCAGCUACAUGACGUGGCUCCGCUUUGCAGUCUGGCUGCUCUUAGGCCUGCUCGUCUACUUCAGCUACGGCAUGUGGCACAGCAAGGAGAACCUGCGGGAGCUGCGGCCCCAGCGCCUCAGCGCCCGCUACGUGGUGUUCCCCAGCGGCAGCCUGGAGGAGAGGGUGCAGCCGGUCCAGCCCAGCUCCCAGCCCACUGCUGGUCUCCCGGACACCGACACCGAUGACUGCAAGAGAUGACACCCCAGGGGAUGGGGGGACCUGGUGAUGGGAGCAUCGGAACCCCCUCCCACAGUGAGGCCAGAGACCAAACCCCCUCCUCCUGGUCCCUAUGACAGCAGAGCCACCAGGGCUGCCCUGGGCGUGGGGCUCCAUCCGGAGAGGAUGAGGAUGCUCACCCUUACCACACGCUCCCCACAGAACGUGGAGGGGACAGCUCCCUCCCCCCCCCAUCCCCUGCACUCAGGAACUGGGUCUCAGCCCAGUGCCUGCCCUACUCACGAGGAGGCGUGUCCUUGCCACCUCUCCCCGAGUGCACCCUGGCACUGUGCAGCACACCUCCUGUCCACUGGCACAUCUAUGCAGCCAGGGAUGCAGAGGUUCCCUGGGGAGUGGGACAGGAAGCCCAGCGCUGCCUAUCCUGGCUCUCAUCCUGUCUGCAGCUCCGACUGCAGCCCCCUUUCCUCCUGCGGAGCCCUUCUGCCUCCCUCAGAGUCCCUUCAGAAGGAGGCAGGGGCCUCCCCACAAGCAUCCCUACCAUCCCUGCCAUCCUCGCCAUCCCCAUCCCCAGGGCUGCUCUCCUCAAAGGUUGGGACUGAGGGGGCGGUGGUGGAGGAGGUAGAGAAGGGACAUGGCCAGAGUGGGUGGCCCAGAAAAGCCAGUGGAGGCUGGCACGCAGCAACUCAACUGCAUCUUCCCAGCUGCUGGAAUUGCCCGUUUCGGGGGGAGCUGGGGGCCACGCCCGCUGGAACGUAAUGCCAUAGCCAGGCUCCUGCUCCAGCCCUGAACGGGCUGUGGGUGCUCAGGAUCCCAGAUGUGUUGCCUUGUCAAUGGAGGUCCCCAGCAGCAUCCCUGAUCUGCCUGGAGCUGGCUCCCUGCUUUUGCUGUGCCCUAGCAGCACCACCUGCCCCACCACGAGGGGCUCAGCCCCCCAUGAUGCCCCUCCCAGGCUCUCUGGGGCUUGGGACGAGCUCAGCAGGUGCUUUUCAGUGUUGCUCCCUCCCCAGUGAUCAUCCCCAUGUUCUGGGGUCACUCCAGCUACAAGGGUGUCAUGGAGGGUCCCCAGCAACACUGUUGCAGCCAGUCCUGGCUAAUUUGCCCAUGGCUGGGCUAAAGUAGAAGGGAGGGGGGUUUCAGCAUGUUUUGGAAGUCAGUGGAGCUGACCUGCCAGGCCUUGCAUCAUGGACACCUUGCUCCAUUUUCAUCCUCUGCAUCCUGUGAGGAGCCAGGGACUGUGGGCAGGCUGGUCCAUUGCUUCUCACUGACCAGUCCCUGGAGGGGCCUAGAGAGGCUGUGGGGAUUCUCAGUAGGAUAUGCUGGCCCCUGGUGAACCCCUCUGUCUGCCGGCGCUGCUCCAUGUCCCGCCUCACCCUUGCGCUGCUGCCACCGGAGCAGCACGGCCCCACUGUGCUGUGGCCCUGUUUGGCACCUCUGUUUCGUGGCUUGUGAGCACUGGCUGACUCGGUCACCCUCAUAAACACUGGUUCUGCGAUG